AACCCUCACCAAUUACAUACACACACCAUCAUCAUCAUUUUCCUCUCUCUUUCUCUCUUUUCUCUCUCUCUCUAUGGCUUACCACAACCACAACCCUCUCUCUGUCUCUGACUCACACGACGACCUUCCUCUUCACCAUUUCACCCACCAAUCCAACACCUUCCCUUCCUCUCCUCCCCACCCUAACUCCAAACCUAACUCCGAUCCUCUCCAAACCACCGCUCCCAGCUGGCUCAACAACGCACUCCUCCGAACCAACUUCACCGACACCACCAACACCACCGCCACUUCCAACGCUAAUAACACCAACGCCAACUCCAAUUUCCUCAAUCUCCACACGGCCUCCGACUCCGCCGCAUCCCAGCCAUCUCCGUGGCUCGACGCUACCGGUGUCAACUUCGAACCGGUCGAUUUGAAGACCGGAAUUGCCAACGCCAAGGGGGACGUGACAGCCGCCGUGGUCGGAGAUGGUGGCGGAGGUGACGGCGGAGGAGGAGGGAUGGUGAAUUGGCAGGUUGGAAGAUGGAAGGCGGAGAUACUGGCGCACCCUCUGUACGAACAGCUGCUGUCGGCACACGUGGCGUGCCUGAGGAUCGCCACGCCGGUGGACCAGCUGCCUAGGAUCGACGCACAGCUGGCACAGUCACAGAAUGUAGUCUCCAAGUACUCUGCCUUCGGCCAUGGCGUUGGAGAUGACAAAGAACUCGACCAGUUCAUGUCGCACUACGUUUUGCUUCUUUGCUCCUUCAAAGAACAAUUGCAGCAGCAUGUCCGCGUCCACGCAAUGGAAGCAGUGAUGGCUUGUUGGGAGAUCGAGCAAUCCUUACAAAGUUUAACAGGAGUUUCACCCGGAGAAGGUACAGGGGCUACAAUGUCCGACGACGAAGAUGAUCAAGUUGAUAGUGAGGCCAAUCUGUUUGACGGUAGUUUGGAUGGAACAGAUAGCAUGGGGUUUGGCCCUCUUAUUCCGACAGAGAACGAGAGGUCUCUCAUGGAGCGUGUAAGACAAGAAUUAAAGCAUGAAUUGAAAAAUGGUUAUAAGGAGAAAAUUGUUGACAUAAGAGAAGAAAUUUUGCGCAAGAGACGGGCAGGAAAACUUCCCGGCGACACGACCUCUGUCCUUAAAGCUUGGUGGCAAUCCCAUUCCAAAUGGCCUUACCCAACAGAGGAAGAUAAGGCAAGGCUGGUGCAGGAAACUGGUCUGCAAUUAAAGCAGAUUAAUAAUUGGUUUAUCAAUCAGAGGAAGAGGAAUUGGCACAGCAAUCCUUCUUCUUCUACUGUCUUGAAGAGCAAGCGCAAAAGAAACAAUGCAGGUGAUAACAAUGCUGAUCGGUAUAUGUAAAUGGAGCAAAGUCAGAAAACAUUUUCUGGCUAAUAAUGUUGCAUUGAAAGGGAUUCAAGAGAAGAAGACAUUGAGGAAGAACCACAUUUGUUUCUAUUGAAGAAUGGUAAUUAAUACAAAAGGUGCUAAUAUUGUGAAUCAUUUUAAGCUAUAUCUGCUUGAAGGCCUGAUGAAGAUGGGUUCUUUUAGGGCUUGUGAACCUAUAUAAUUAGGAAUUUUAUAUACCGAAACCAUAUGGGGUAUAUUGAAUAGGAUUUUGAAUUUUGUUUACAUUUGAAUGCUUGUGAAAUAUAUAUACUGAGGGGUUGUGGGUGUACAGUAAUAAGCUGUGCAUUUUUUUUUUCUGUUAUAAACAUACUAAUUUUUAUAUUUUUUCUUCUUAAAAUUGUUAUUUGGGAUGUAGAUGACAAUUUGUUGUAGAAAUGGUAUAUCAUAAGUUUAUGCUUUUUAGUUAUUAUGGUUUA